AUGUAUGUUCGAGACGUUCAAAAAAAUGUAUGCAAAAGUGAUGGAACACCAAUUAUACUUUCGGAAAGAGCCGCAACAGCUUGGGUUGAUGGAAAUAAUUUGCUUGGUCCAGUUGUUGGAAAUUUCUGUAUGGAUUUAGCCAUCAAAAAAGCAAAAGAGGCUGGAAUUGGAUGGGUUGUUGCAAAAGGAUCAAAUCAUUAUGGAAUUGCUGGAUGGUAUUCAUUAAGAGCAUUGAAACAAGGAUUAUUGGUAUGAUAGAUUUUUUAUUUUUUUUUAGAUAAUUUCGCAAAAAUCUGUGAAGUUUAGAAAAUAACACUGCAACGUGACCUUUCACGUGGAAUCUGUCGGAAUCAUUUUCAGAAAUAAAUCUGAAAAUUGUUGGAAUUUUUCAAACUUAUUGUUAAUAAAUUUACUGAAAAUUCUAAGACGGUCUGCAAAUUUUCGGUCACAGUUUUAUUUUUAUUCGAUCAUGAAAAUGUACUUUUUUCUGAUAUACCGGUUUUAUUGUUUUCUUGAGAAAAACCUGGUGUUUUGUUUUCACCGGAAACAUUCAGAAACAGUAUUUUUAGAAACCAAAAUCUGUGUUUUGAAAUAAAAAAAAAACAAUUGAAAUAAUAUGAAAAUUAUUAUGAAGAAGCUUAUGGUUUUUAUUCUCUGUAAAUCAUAAAACCGAACAACUUCGCAAUGAUUAUGAGAUUAAUUUGCAGGGAAUGUCAAUGACAAACACAUCUCCACUAUGUUAUCCAACUCGAAGUGCAAAACCUGCUCUCGGAACAAAUCCAAUUAGUUUAGCAGCCCCUGGUGUUAAUAAUGAUUCAUUUGUUUUGGAUAUGGCAUCAACUACUGUAGCAAUUGGAAAGGUGAGCAAAAACGAACAAUCAAAAUAUCAGAUAGGAAAAUUUCAUUUCACAAGUAAUAAAAUACGAUAUUAUAGUUAUCAUAUUAUAAAAAGCCCUAG